GAAGUAAUACCGUUUGUCCGCUCUGUGAAUUUCAUUUCGUUUCUCAUUGACCUUCUCGUCCACUUCAGUCUUCUAGUGAUUCGGUCAGGAAAGCAAUGACCGAAACCAGUACGGUUGGUACUCGCUUCCUCACAUCGUCUACUUGUCCAUCGUCUUAUUCCAACUAUCGCCCAACGCACGACUCGAAAUCCUUGAAAAGAAUGCAAGACGAGGAAGAAGUCAAUCGUAAGGUGAUGGAGAUCCUUCGGCGGAUGACCGCGCAACAGUCGGACGACACAAAUACAAAAUCAAUGAACCAGACAAAUACAACUCCGAAAUCGCGAACCGCCAGGUCCACCAAGCGCCCGUUAGCUCCGGACCAGGAUUCGCGGGGAACCAAUGAUCCGAGCAAGACCGCGCGAUUAAAAGUUGAACUUCCUCCGGCAACCAAACCACCUGAUUUGCCGCCAACAUUCGCCGCGAAACCGAUCGCUCCUCGACCGCCAGUCAGUACGAUAUCUACUUCUCAGAGUCCGAUCCAGCACCCGCUGAAACCACACGCAACACUUCAGAGCAAACCGCAACAAGACUCAGUGCUUACCAGUCGUCGAUGUUCCUGUUCCAGGUCGUUUUGCUUAAAGUUGUAUUGCGAGUGUUUUGCGGCUGGUGUCUUCUGUUCCGACUGCAGUUGUGUUGCACAUUCCUUAGAAAAUGCAACUGUUCAUGCUCGCGGGUGUAAUUGUAAGCGGUCUGGUUGUCUGAAAAACUAUUGUGAAUGUUACGAGGCGCGCGUUCGCUGUACAUCCCGAUGUCGUUGUCAAUAUUGUUACAACAUGCCUACUGCAUCUUCAAUCGGACACAGUCAUCAGAUGCCUAUCUCAAUAGAUCUUUCGGCUACCUCUUCCCUACAAGAGGAACCGUUGUUCCUUCACAGUCCGUCAAGUUCGCCUAAUUCAUCCUCUUCAACCGUCUUACUGAAAGUACAUCAUUCACAAGAACCGGGUGGCAACGACACCACACUCCUUCAAUCGAACGCCGAAAUCAGUCAAUCUAUGGACUGUGAAUCAAGUUCUGUCCAAGGAUCGCACAGAAGCUCGUCUUCCUCUGUGAUCUCAGAGAAUUCCUGUCAGGAUAAACCGAAGGACGUCCAUGUACCGGUCACAUCAGCUGGCACCGCCGCAAUCCCCGAUCAGCAACCCGUGCCACGAGAGUUGACUAUAUUGACUGGAAUGAACCAUCCCAUUAAUCCACCCAUCAUUGGAAACUUCUUACCCUCCUCCAAAACUGUAAUUGGACUUCCCGCAGCCAUCGCUGCCUCGAAUCUCAUAGCAACAUGGUUGGCCCUGUUAUCUAAUGCAACCUCAGCAGCAGGCUGUUCUACUAAUCCUGUGGACCACAACUUCCCAAAUCAAACACAUGUGCAUCCCGUUGCAGUCGAUCCUGAUCCAGACGCUGGGGUCGCUCAUUUGCAGUCAGAUUCGAUGGAGCAGUAUACCACCGAGGAGCUAGCCGCCUUCGAUCGAAUUAUCAAGCAACGUGAACAAGUGCCGGAUGGCAAUCGACCCUCGAGCGAGGAAGGCUCUCAUAAGCUAGAUUCCGAUACCUAUGUGCGUUCCAUACCUCCCGGUUGCGAAUCUACAGAAGUUAAAGAGGAAUGUUCAACAGAACGGAACGACCAGUCACUCUAUUCUCGAUUGUGCCCCGGUGAAAUCGAACUGUCUGAAACCUUACCCAGUGGAGGAAGCGCCGAUGUUGCAACCAAAAAAGUCAACUCCGAUGUUUCCCCAUCUGAAAUGCUGGCUUCUGAAGUGGCUCGUCUUAAAAGGCAAGUAAAACAACUCACACGAACAGUUCGAAAACAGGGACAGAUGAUCCGCCAACUACAGUCUAGCUCCCCGAAUGUGCUGCACACAAAUGUGGUUAAUAAUAAAGCUGACACUUGAACAUACUGGAAGUUGAUUGAGCGAUCCCGCGCACACAUGUAAAAAAACUUUCUCCCGCUUUUUAAUGCCUAUUCCAAAUGACCCGCUUUUGCUCUGACGUUCAGUUUGGAUUGGGGCAUCGCCAUGUGCCUGUUUAAAGUGCCUUAUUUUAAAGAAGUGCAACUCGGACGCCGAACAUUGUUGCAUCUUAUCCGAGUACUGCCAGCUUCCCAGGUUCGGAAAACCCAGGCUCAUUGCACCAACCGAUCGAUCGGACCCCGUCUUUCUACAACACCGUUCCUCCUUGGAGCUUUUCCAAAACGCGAAUCGUUGUGUUUUCUUUUGUGCAAAACCCACGCCCAACACACUGUUUUGUUACUCUCUUACUUUGUCCCCCGGUCGUUUUUUUCACCCGUUUUCUUCGACUUAAGAUGUGCAAAC